GGGGGUGAAGUUCCUACAGGCCAAUCUACACCACGCCAUAGCGGCCACUGCGGUCGUAGAGAAACUCUUCGGCGAAAAUGGCCUGGACAUCGCCCUCAUACAAGAACCAUGGAUAAACAACAAAUCCAUGGUAACAGGACUCAACAGAGCAGGAAAGGUACUAAUCGACGAAAAAGGUGCUAAACCGAGAGCCUGCAUCGUAUUUAACAAAAACAUUAACUUCUUGCCUGUUGCAGAACUAUGCAGUGAAGACACCGUAGCUGCCUAUGUCAAUCUCAAAGGGAGAGGAGCACUGAAGGUAAUAGUUUGCUCCGCCUACCUGCCCGGAGAGAAGCAAGACCCCACAGAAGAACUGACUAAAGUGCUAGAGUACGCUCAGGCACAAAAGGCGGAACUUAUUGUGGGGUGUGAUGCCAACGCCCACCACACCAUCUGGGGGAGCACAAAUGCACUGGCUAACUCAAACAAGGUCACACUUAGAUGGGUACCAGGGCACUCCGACAUUAACGGAAACGAAGAAGCGGACGAACUUGCUAGAAAGGGCGCAGACACACCCCUGGUCGGCCCAGAACCGUUCUGUGGAAUCACAAAACGGGAUGCAUAUUCUCUGCUCAGCAAGUUAGAAAAAACGAGAGCAACCGAGUGGUGGAAGUUCGUUAAAGGACAAGAACACUCGAAAGCUCUAAUCAAAGGGUUCAACAGCAGAACUGCUAAGGAGCUUUUAGGACUCAAAAGGCACAAAACCUGCGCGGUGACCAGAAUACUGACUGGACACUGUAAGUUGAAUAAACAUAUGUUUCAAAUUGGGAAGAAACAAGAUGCGACAUGCAGGUUCUGUCAGGAGUCAGAGGAGACUGCAAUGCACAUUCUCUGCUCUUGUGGACCACUAAUGUCAAAAAGAAGUACCUACCUAGGGCGACACGUAGUGCAACCCUAUGAGGUACAGAACAUUACGGCCCAAAGAAUCUGGAACUUUCUGGAUGCAACGGGCAUUAGUAAUGAACUUUAAAGGGCCGUCACAAUAGAUCAAUGCUGGUCGAUGCGACACUCAAAGGCCCACAACACCACAAUAAUAAUA